UGCUAAAUUUAUCUUUCUUUUGGAUAAAUAUGAAAAACAAUAAAGAAUCUUUACAAGAUCGUAACACGUUUUAUAUUUUUAUUAAAAAAAAUACCUAGUCUUAUUAAAAUAACAAAACUUUUUUUCUUAUAAGUAACGAUAACUACGAAAUUAGGUACGCAAGUCUCUGCCCUACGUUUAUUCUCUUUAGGAUAUUACAAAGGACCACAUCAAUCCAACAGAAGAAGAUGAUCGGAAAAGAUUCUGACUUACCUGUGUCAACUCCGCCGGCGGAAACACGAGUUUCUGCAUCGCUGCCAUGUUUUCAGGCGAGUGUUGAAGGGUUACGUAAACGGAAGAGUUUAGUUGAAGCAGGAAGGAGAGAUGUCUUCUACGGAGAAGAUGACGUGGCGGAUUUGAUGUUUAGAGAAGAGGAAGUGGAACAGGACAUGGUCAUGAGAGCUUACAGAAGCAACGAAGCUAUGAAAACUAUACAAGAUCUGAGACGAACUCGAACAAGGUUCUUUUGCUUUGAAUGUUUUGACUUUCUCAAACUUUUUUUCUCUAGAUAUCGAAGAACCUAAAAACAAUUUUUUUUUUUACUUGUAAAUUUUUUUUUUCA